AAAGAAAAGAGAGAGAGAGGGUUCGGAAGCGCCGGGAGGGGAGGCGAGAAGGAGAGACUUGGAAACUCCGGCUGCAAAUAAUAAAGAGAUUGAAAGCAAUACGUUAAUAUAUCGUAACACUAAAAAAGAGCAGGAGCGAGAGAUGAGAAAGGGGAUCCAGCCCGCCCUGGAGCAGUACCUGGUGACCGCCGGGGGUGGGGAGGGGGCGGCUGUCGUCGCCGCCGCCGCCGCCGCAGCCUCCAUGGACAAAAGGGCACUGCUAGCCAGCCCCGGCUUCGCCGCCGCCGCCGCCCCGGGCACGUACAUCCAGAUCCUCACUACGAACCCUUCCACCACGUCCUGUGCCACCUCCCUCCAAAGCGGCACCCUGGCCGCCGGCCCCCUCCUCCCCGGUGUCCCCGGCACGGAGCCGGCCACCGGCAGUCUUCUCUACACCACGCCACAAGGACCCUCGAGCCGAGCCGGGCUGCUGCAACAGCCACCAACACCAGGACGCGGCGGCGGCGGCGGCCCACCGGCAAAGCGAAGGCUGGAGCUGGGCGAGAGUGGCCAUCAGUACCUCUCAGAUGGUCUAAAGACCCCCAAGGGCAAAGGAAGAGCUGCACUACGGAGUCCUGAUAGUCCAAAAACUCCAAAAUCUCCCUCAGAAAAAACGCGGUAUGAUACGUCACUGGGUCUGCUGACCAAGAAGUUCAUUCAGCUCCUGAGCCAGUCACCUGAUGGGGUCCUGGACCUGAACAAGGCCGCCGAGGUCCUCAAGGUGCAGAAGAGGAGGAUCUACGACAUCACCAACGUGCUGGAAGGCAUCCACCUCAUCAAGAAGAAGUCAAAGAACAACGUCCAGUGGAUGGGCUGCAGUCUGUCUGAGGAUGGGGGCAUGCUGGCCCAGUGUCAAGGCCUGUCCAAAGAAGUGACCGAGCUCAGUCAGGAAGAGAAGAAAUUAGAUGAGCUGAUCCAAAGCUGCACCCUGGACCUCAAACUGUUAACCGAGGAUUCAGAGAAUCAAAGGUUAGCUUAUGUUACAUAUCAAGAUAUUCGAAAAAUUAGUGGCCUUAAAGACCAAACUGUUAUAGUUGUGAAAGCCCCUCCAGAAACAAGACUUGAAGUGCCUGAUUCAAUAGAGAGCCUGCAAAUACAUUUGGCAAGUACCCAAGGGCCCAUUGAGGUUUACUUGUGUCCAGAAGAGACGGAAACACACAGACCCAUGAAAACAAAUAACCAAGACCACAAUGGGAAUAUCCCUAAGCCCACUUCCAAAGACUUGGCCUCUAACCACUCAGGACAUAGCGACUGCUCGGUUUCUACAGCAAACCUCUCUCCUCUGGCUUCCCCAGCCAACCUUUUACAGCAGACUGAGGACCAAAUUCCUUCCAGCCUCGAAGGACCUUUUGUGAACUUACUGCCUCCCCUGCUCCAGGAGGACUAUCUGCUGAGCCUGGGGGAGGAGGAGGGUGUCAGCGAUCUCUUCGAUGCGUAUGAUUUGGAAAAGCUGCCGCUCGUGGAGGACUUCAUGUGUAGUUGAUCGGGCUUUGUAGAAACUCUCCUUAUAAACCAAUAUUUUUUUAUCACGGAAUCAGAACGUGUAUCGCAGUGUUGUCCCUUCCUACCUUCUUCCUCCAAGUAUCAUGAAGUAAACUUCAGAACAAAGCUGACAUUUUGAUGAAUUAUUAUUAAUUUUUUUUCCCCUAAACGCACAGUUGCAGGCUCCCUUGGGAAAGCCCUGCCUGGUCCCAGGCACCAAAAUCUUCCUGAUGAGUCAGCAAGUGAGAAGAUGUGCAAUCAGGUGUCUCUCGCCUGUCCUUUUCUCUCCUCCUUCCUCCCCUUUCCUUGCGGACUGGCUUGCUGUGCCUGAUGGACGGGCUGUUGAGUGGGUCUGGCCACCUGGCCCACUGGAAAACAGCGCUCUCCUUUAACAGCAUUUCAAGCCGUGCCUUCUCUGCAGAAUGCAUGUCUUUGUGAGUCUGCUAACCUGGAAUGGAAUUCUGCCACAAAUGCAAGCUUGAAGUCAUGCAAAGGAAUGACACGGAUUUCUUCAGCUCUUAGGAAUAUUUAAAUUACUCUCAUAAUUCAGUGUAAGCUAUGGGCCGUGUGUCCCACUCGGAGGCUGCAAGAGCCUCCACAGCCUUUUGGAAGAAGAACUUGUUUGUGAGUACUCGUUGCAGAUACAGAGACUAGUAGAGUUCUGCUGCUCAAAGCUGUUGUGGAUUUCCCAGUCUCCGUACCCCACUUCCACUUCCCCCAUCCUGCAUAUUUGUGAGUUUCCGGUUGAUUACUUGCGACUUAGGAGUUCCUUGUGGGUUGUUUUAGAGUUUUUAUUUUUCUAGCUGCCAUUGAAGCAUUCCUGUGGCACCCACCCAUCACCAUUUCAAUUGAAUUGUUUACCUUAAAAGCAAUUCUUGCAAAGUCCUAUUCCUUUAGCAGAGGGAGAGAACCUCUACUGAUCAAAGUAUCUAAACCUGUGUGACCUAAGGUCCACCAGCCUCUGCAAAGAAGCAUCCUCUGUCUUGCUUCCUUUCCCAGGAGGGGAGCUUGGAGCGAGAUCAGCUCUGGAGCUCUCUGACUCAGAGUGCCCCACAGUGCAGAUCUCGGGCUAGAUGAUACAGCUGUCCCAUGGAGCAGCAGGCAUGGAUCCCUCCAUCCUUGGGCUUCCCGGGCCCCUGCGACCGGGGAAAGGGCUCUAAUGCCAUACUCAGGGAGACCACUUCUCAGGAUGCGGUCAGGUGGAGAGGCCCUAGGGAAAAAGACAUCCCAUUGUGUGUGAGUGGCAUUCUAUCCGGGACACUUCCUUAAGUUGGACCGAGGAGCUCCCACUCUGUCGGGAGUGGGGU